UUGCUUUGGAAAGAAGAAGGUUACCGUCAAAUGUUGUCUUUGCUACGUUUGUUGAAAUGAUAACAUACACACUUUGAUUUAACUCGUAUCGAAAAACGGAGUAUGAGUGAAUGUAAAAUAUGAACUCGUCAGGACAAAGGCAGACUUCACAACAGAUGGGUAAGCUGCGUCCUUCUGCAGCAGCAGUCAUCGUCAUCAUCAUCACCAGCACCAGCAGCACCGGAGCAACCACUGCUGGCACUCUCUUUAAAGAAACUCCACUGGACGACUGACUGUGUUUGAUCCCAGCAGAUUGUUUCUUGGCAAUCCAUGCCUUCGCUGAGCAAAAAACAGAAAGCAACAACAAAACUUCAUGCGGAUAAACCUUGAACGGAAAUCCGAAAAACCUAUUAUUAGGCAGUUUGUCUGUCUUCCUCUCCUUGUGGUGAACUCGUCCUAUAAUGGAGCUGUCUUGCGAGUCAGUGAGAUACACUGAAAACAGGAGACCAGCUAGUUGCAAGUUUGUUGAGCUCCAUGUCCUGUAUGUGCCAGAUGAUCAGUGGAAUGUGAAGCUCAACAAAGUCCCUGUAGAAGCCAUAGAGAACUUCGUAUCUGCAGGCUUCAUCAGGGUUUAUCCUGAUAUCACCCUGAAAUCUCUGAGGAGCGAGCUGGGAGCUCUUCUUGGCACUGAGAGGAGUAUAGACAAAUUCUCUUUCCUGAAAUGUGUUGGCCGCAGUUUGGCACUGGUCAAGAGCAGACAGGAGAGGGAUCUCAAAGUGAAAACAUUUGCUCCACCGUAUGCCCCACAGCCGGAGCUUUACCUGCUGCCCACAGAGGAGCUUGACAGCAGUGUUUGCUCCCAGUCUCUUAGCCCAGACACCAGCAUCAGCUCCCAAGACCACCACAUCUAUUACCACCCUCACAAGACCUGCAGUCUGCCAACAGGAACAAAAGAGCCCGUUAAAUUCCCCCUCAUUCCCAAGUGUUCCCAUCAGCCACCUCCCACCUCCAGCCUGGAAGAGGAGGAGGAAGAGGAAGGGGAGGAUGAUGAUGAGCAGAGCUACAGUUCUUCAGAGUCAGAAAGAGAUAAUGAGGAGGAGGGCCUUUCCUCAGACAAGUUAAGUUGGGCAGAGAAGGGUUGUUGCCAAACGAAGCCUCAGACUCACAGGGCACCAAAGUCUGUCUCAGAGAAUAAAGGUAAAAUUAAAGAUUCGGCUCCAGUGAAGGAGUCACAGGAGAAAGAUAACUGCACUAAGAAGAAGAUCCAGCACAUCAGACAGAACAGAACGGCCAGAGAUUCAGGAGUAGCUCCAUCUUUGGAUGACGGGGAUUCGGUCUUCUCCCUCACAGACGGGCUCAGGAAAUCAAAAGAUGCAUAUGGACUAAAGUCCAUCAUGACUCAAUCAGUAAGUAGAGUGACAGAAAGUCCAGCUGUGCUGUCUCGGCCAGUCCGCUGCACCUCCCCACCUCCAGAUCUGAACAUGGCCAAGGUCACUCAAAAGAAGUCUACCUCUCUCAUCUACCCAACAAAUAGGGAGGAACUGAUCGAUGAGAUCAAGCUGGUGAGGGAGGAGAGGAAGCAGCUGGAGUGGACCAGACAAGAGUUACUAAGAAAGGGGAAAGAUUUAUUGGCUCAAAAUAGACACCGCAGGAACCAAGCACGUGACAGUUGGAAGAAGAAAUAUUUUGAAACCAAGAAGGCUACGGCACCACUGGAGGAAAGUCUGAGAAACCUACGACAAGAGUUGGAGACAUUCUACAACAAACUGUUGCACCAGCUUCAGGCCAGAGACAGCAGAGCGAAGCCAAGACGACAAGGCAAACCGUCCAUAAGGAACGAGCUCAUCAUUCAGAUCAUGACAGAGAGUUAUGAGAUUGACAACUUGAAGAGGAAGGCAGAGGAUGCCAAGAUGAAGCUAGUGACAGAGAUCAAGUUGAGGAAACAGGCAGCCACAGAACUCAGGGCCUUGAAGGCUGAGCUGGCCCAGAAGAAGAGUCAAUCCUCUAAUCCUGCUCACACUGCCUGUCUGAGCUUAGGAGGCACUAGACAGGACAGACAACAAGUUCAGAACACCUCCAUUUAAUGAAACAUAUACAGAAUAGUGGACAUGACAGUCCAGCCCCACUUAUGCUCGGACAGAUGGAUGUUGUUUGAUGUAUAUAUCUUAUUUUGGUGUUGAUUUUAAACAUUUUAUUUUAUUUGCACCUGAGUGUGACAUUGUGUGCUAGCUUUUGCUGCAGUGUAUUAAACUUCAUGUGCUGUUUGA